CGGCGCGGCUCGAGAUUCCGAUCACUAGUUAUACCACAAUUAAGCAAUAAUGUUAGCAAUUUUAAUUUCUGUUUCAAUUCUAUUUUUAUCUGUUGAAUCGUCCCAUGAAAAGGAUCUUCAAAAAAUUGCUCCACAAAACUGCAGUUCAACUUUGGCAAAUCAAACCCCAACCAAUUUUUAUAAGGAAAAAGACUGUCGAUGCACAUAUCCAGCCGAGAAAACUAAUAAUUUAACAAAGCUUCCUUUGAGGGUUUUGAAGCGUUCGUGUGGUGGUUGUUGCUGUUGCUGUGGGUUUUUAUUUAUAAAAAUUACAAGAAAUAGUCAUUAG